GACGACUGAGUAAUACUUUUAAUAUUACGACUAGUUGAUAUACACCCGACACGAUUCUUGACCUUAACUAUAUUUGACAAAAUGUGUAUGACUCCUUAUAGUAUUAUUGCUGCCCGACUGAAUUAUGUGGUAAGGAACUAUCAGCCCUUUCAGAAUGAAGAGAAACCUUUAAAUGUGAUAUCGUCAGAUGAAAUUAAACUAGACAAUAAACUUGUAAACAACAGUUUCGACUUUGAGAAACAGCAAUUCCAACCAAAUCUACCAAAACCUAAUAGAAAUCCAUUGAUGCUCAUUCAAUUGAUUGUUUUGGUUUCUGUUCAGUUCGUGAUAUUUUUCAAUUGGGACAAUAUUGUUAGAUGGAAUUGAUACUUGAAAAGUUACACUAUAAAACUGGCCUUAUACAAGUAAAACAAAACUAAUUGUUUGAAUACUUGUUAUUAUUACAUCAAGUUACCAUUUGUGUUAGAUAUUAUCGCGAAUUAGCUAAUAUAUAGCAAAAAAUUGUUAAUGCUUCUGCCUACAACAUGUUAUUUCACAAUUAGAAACAAAGACAUCAGAUAAAUCUUGGAGAUUGCUUAUACAUAUAAAUGAUAAUGGUGUACUGGUAAGUUUUGAUUUGUUAUAAUUAGCCACAUCUUUGAAGAAACUAGCUCGGAACUAAAUUCCUUGUCAAUCCAAGUGUAGAAUAAGGGGGCUUACUUAUCAAGAGAAAUGAUGGACAACAUUUUAUGUAUAAUAACCCUCCUGUAAGUUUGAUUCGUAGCAGUAACAUGGUAUUUUUUUAUGAAUAUUUUGAACAAUUGCUUUCAACUUUAUAAAUCUACAAAACCUAGCAUAUCAAAUAAUCAAUAGCACAACUGAACAAUCUGAAUUGAUGAAUUUAUUACAUUAAAUUUAACUAAUAACCUCACUAAACAAUCCACUACUGCUUGAAACUAACGAAAAGGUAAAAUGCUGAUGAUAAACAAUGACUAUCUAGUCAAAAUUCAUAGAAGCUUAUUUCCCGCGUUUGCUUAAUGAAAUAAUAAACAUUAUAUUCAACAUUCUAUCAUUAAAGUAUCAUCUAUCAUUAAGGUAUCUUCCUGAUUUCUUUAGAAAAUUUCCUGAUGAGAAUAUUCGCACAACAAUCCCAAGUUGUUGUUGUAG